AUGGUCUCUGUCAAGUUGGCGGCCGUUGGUGCCUUUCUGGCAACUGCCCAAGGCCAAAUUCGUCACCCCAAUGAGGACCUGAUUCUUGCCGACUGUGGCAUUGGUGACAACAAAGCCCAUCCUGGAUGGUCUACUUCUCGCCAAGUGAACUGGUACCAGGACAUUCAGUGGCCUGACGAUGUCUCCAAGUUUCCCCCUCCACCCGAUCUGGAGGUUGAAGUUCCUUACGCAGAUGGAACCUACCCCUGGAAUCCCAAGGGAACCACCGUCAAGCUGUCUAACGGUGUCGUCUGGACAGCUUACAUCAACCCAAGAAUCGCUGACGGUCAACCAGCUGGGUCUGCCGUCACCACCAAGGAAGGCGGUCAAGAACUUACCUGCUAUGCCUAUCGUGGUCGCCCUGUCAGCGCAGCAAUCAACACGACUGUCAACGCUGAUGCGGUCUGCUUGACUGCCUUUGUCUGCAACCGUGAUAAUCGCGCCCCUCCUCGCCCCAGUGGCAUGGAAAAUCCCACUUCUACCUUGGAAACAUCUUCUGCCCCGCCUGCCACGACUACAUUUGUCUCGCAGCCGCCAGCAACACCUAGUCCCACAGGUGAUGAGCCAAACCCUCCAGCUGACCCCAAUGCUGGCAAACUAUUUGUGUCUAUUCUCCUCAGCCCCCGUUUCAUCAACUGGCCCAACACUUGGCAAGCCUUUAUCGAGAAGUUUUCCUGGGAUCGGAACACCGGAAAGUGCGUGGGUGAACCGGCGAAAGGGGACGGCUACACCAUUAACAUCGACUGUGCUGGCAUCCAGAUUGAUUCUGACUCUCACCUGACACUUAUCAUGAUCAAAGCUCUCCAUGACCUUGGCAUGAACAGCACAUUCUUUAACCAGAACCCAACCGUACCAGGAAAGCGCAACUCCACAGGGGAUCAUUGGGUGGUCAUGCCUGAGUCUUUCAGUUUGCAGGCCAUUGAUGUUUCUCAUCAGAAAACCAUCGGCUACCUCGCAUACAACACUACAUACGACAAUUUCCUCACUGGACCCUGCUCGUCUUGCCAAUCUGAGCGAUUCAACAAGGAUUUCUUUGAUCCGGUUCUGGAAGCUGUCAAGGGAACUUACCCUCUCUACAACAGCUACAACAUUCAGGCCCAGUGCAAACUCGAGCUCCAGUGCCUGAGCAUGAGCAACCAAGCCGUGGAUUUCCCAGACCUCGAGUCUGCGGCGAUCGAGGACAAUUACCACAACGACGAUGAUAUGCGCCUCCUGAAGCGAUUGCAGGGACGUUGGCGAAAGUUUCACCAACACUGGGACCUAGCAACGAAACAGGAGCUACUGAAGCUCACUGAUAACGGGGAUAUCAAAACGAAUCCUACUAACCGCACUAUUCCCAGUGGACACAAGUUUUGGAAGAAAAAUGUCAACGUGACAUGGGCAAAAUGGAUCGUGAUGCGAUCACACUACGGGACACAUAAAUUGAGCAAGUAUCAGGCUAAAUUGAUUAAGGAAUUCCCUGGAAUUUUCGCAAGUUCAUGGGUGUGCCCAACGCAACAGAAGAAAGGGCACGAGAUGGCUGUUGACGAGCCCGACGACGGGCCUCUGGAGAAGGAUAUCAGCGAAGCAUUCAUAUGUUUGCUAGACAACUACAUAACCAAUUUCCAUCGCCAAAGUGGUUCCAAAAAUAUGGCAGCUUUAUUGACAACCUUUCCACCAGAGCUGCGUGAAAUGGUUGUCGAGCUACUAGACGCAAGCAGUCUUGAUGCGCUGACGAAAACGUCCAACUAA